UUCUGUUUUUAUUCUCCUGAUGGUUUUACAUUAAUUUAACAAAUUAAACCUCUAACUCUGUAAUAUGAAUAUGACUCUGUAUGAGCGGAGGUGCAGCCAUAUUUCCAGCUCGUUGUUAUUCUCAGGGAGAAAAGAUGGAGACUCUGUGUCUGUCUCAGGGCCAGUGUAGCCUGGCAACAGCCAAUCACAGCGCAGCUCUGAGAGGAAUUUAAAAAACAACAGAAGAUCGUUGAUGCAGGACAGAUUCAUGUUUGCUCCUACAUGGAGCUCAGGAGGGAGGAGGCCUUCAGGUUUAGGAGGCUCUGAGUUACAUGAGGAGUCAUCGUCCCUGGUUUCACUGAAGAAUUCAUCACGUUUAAUUUCUCUUUCCGGAGGCUUCGUUAAAUAAAACCAUCUUAUGGUGUUAAUGUGUUAAUGACUUCACCUCCAGUCACAGCACAAACAUUCACAGACACAAACCAGACCUGAACAGAUCAGCUGAUCCUGAAAUAUGGAGACAAACCUGUCCAGCCAGAAACAGGUGGAGCUGAGAAAGACACAGACGCAGAUUACAGGUCUGAGACGGACGACGUGUUUGGACGUGUUUGGACGUGUCUCUGGUUUUACAUGAAGACAACAAACAGAACAGCAGGACUCUGACGUCACAGCUUUUAAAAUGAGCCGCAGAGACGAAGCUUCGCCAGGAAAUGAUGAGAAAGAGAUGGAGACGGCGACGGACGACUUCCUGCAGCCAGAGGACGGGAACAGUAGAGACACUCAGCUGAAAGACUUCCUGAGACGGAUCCGUCCUCGGACUCUUCUCAGAGACGACCUGACUCAGUUCAAGGAGGACGUGUUGAAAGUCUUCAAGGACAAAGACACAAACACAACGAAUCACUCGACUCUGACUCUGCUCAGAGACGACCUGAGUCACUUUAGAGACGACCUCUCCAGCGUCUUCAGGAUCAGACGAGACAACAAGGACGAGUCCUCCAACACCUGCCGAAUAAAAGCCCCCGAGGCCGAGAGGACGGACGAGACGCUGAAGCGUCUGUUCAGCAGAGACAGAGACCAAAGGGCAGAGGACGGUCAGGAGGACGUCCUGAGAGUCAGAGGCACCGGAGGCACGACUGAACCAGCAGAUCAGAGACGAGAGGCUGAAGACGAAGCAGCUCCUGAGACUCUGUCCUCUGGGAUCGACUUAUUCAGCCUGAGAGACGCCAGCGACGCCAGAGAACGUCUGGGAGGAGACGAGUGGUCCAUAAAAAACUUCGCCUGCUAUUUGACCCUUGACCCCAACACCGCCAACAUGGAGCUCUGUCUGUCUGACGGCAACAGGAGGGCGACCCGGGUCUUUGAGGACCACCGGUACCCGGGCCACCCGGAGCGCUUCGAGUGCUGCCCCCAGGUCCUGUGCAGGGAGGGGCUGCUGGACUCGGUGUACUGGGAGGUGGUGUGGAGGGGCGGCGCCGACAUUGGCGUCACCUACAACAACAUCUGCAGGGACGGGGACCCGGGGACAUGUCUGCUGGGACACAACGACCGGUCCUGGAGUCUGGAGUGCUGCGAGGGGAGCUACACGCCGUGCUACAACAACAGGAGGUUCAAGUCCUCCUCGCCUCAACCCUUCGCCCGAAGAGUCGGGGUCCACCUGGACUGGGCCUCUGGCUCUUUGUCCUUCUUCUGCGUCUCUGAGGACGCCAUGGUCCACCUCCACACCUUCACCUCCACCUUCACCGAGCCACUGUACCCGGGGUUCUGGGUGUGGGCCUACGAAGGAUCCGUGUCCCUCUGCCAGGUGGAGUUGGACUGGGAGCGUCUGCUGCAGUGAAACGGGGACAACGUCCCCCAGCUCCUCCAGGCGUCCAUCUUGUCCGCUGAUCACCGCCGUUCUGGGCGGGGCUCCGUCCAGGAAGUGAUGUGGCAUCAUGGCGGCGUCGGACCCUCCCGAUGCCGCGCUCUGACGUGACGACGGUCUGAGAGGGCUUCUGGCUCCA